AUGUUCUCCCUACCAGGGCUGACUCGGAGUCUCACCCUCCUAUGCAGCAUCACCCAAGUUUUUGGAACGCCAAUCGACACGCGCUCCGACAUCACCGAUUACUUCUCAUCCGUUGAAAGCGACCUCAAGUCCCUCACUGUCCAAACUGCUCCAUCAACCAUUGAAGACGCCUUUUCCAAGCUCCAAAGUAUCCUGGACGGGAAAAAUCUAACCCUCGUCGAGACAGCCACGCAGCUCAUUUCAGCAGGCCUCUCUUCGCUGACUUGGGAUGGAGUGGUGAGUUAUAUUGACGGUCUUGAGUCCGGCUUGGCUAGUAGCUCGAAUGUCAAUUCGCGCGAGCCGAGUGUUGCUGUGUACCCGAGUGCUUCGACAGGCGACGCACCGUACAGCUUUUCGGAAGAUGAACUCAGGAGUGCACUUUAUAUUCCCGGGAACUUCACGUACGGUGUAUCCGGCGCGCCACAGCCGAUUCUGCUCGUUGGGGGGACUGGAAAUCCAGGGUAUGUGACGUUUGUAGGGACGUAUAUCAAAUUACUGCAGAACGAAGAGACGAGUUUUGGGGAUCCGGUCUGGUUGAACAUUCCUGGAUACGAAUUGGAUGAUUUACAAAAAAACGCUGAAUUUGUGGCGUAUGCUAUCAAUUACUUGUCGAAUAUCUGUGGCAAUCGUUCUAUUGCUGUCAUGGGAUAUUCGCAGGGAAAUCUUGACUCGCAAUGGGCUUACAAGUACUGGCCGUCUACUCGAGCACAUGUGACGGAUCACGUUGCCUUCUCACCCGGAUAUCGUGGUACCGAACUUACUCAGAUCAUAAAAUGGGUACCGCAGCCGCCCGCUUGGUUGCAAGCCCUAUACGACAGUGACUUCGUCCUAGCAACGCGCGCCAACGGCGGCGACUCGUCCUACGUCCCCACGACAGUCAUCUAUUCGCUCACCGACGAAGUCGUGCAACCGCAAUUCGGCGACGGGGCUUCCUCGCCACUGAAAGACGCCCAUGGCGCCGGUGUCACCAAUGUACGUGUCCAAGAUGCUUGUCCCGGGCAGGUAGCUGGAAGCUUUUACACGCAUGAAGGCAUCCCGUAUAAUCCGCUUGCAUAUGCACUAGCGCGCGAUGCUGUGCUGAACGACGGUACGGGCCAGUUGUCCAGGUUGGAUCUGACUAGUAUCUGUGGGAAUUAUUUGGCGCCCACUUUGACGUUGGAGGACUUUCUUCUGACGGAGAAUACUGCUGUUGUGGCUGCUGUUUUGACGUUGCUGUAUGAUGGGAAGUCGACUACGGAACCGGCGAUUGCGGAUUAUGCGAAAUAG